AUGUCAGAUAUAGAGUCGAUGCUUAAAGUACCUGAAGUAAAGCAUUUUACUUUCGAUCAAAUUCCCGAUUUGACCGGAAAAGUUGCAGUUGUUACAGGAGGAAAUGACGGGAUAGGAUAUAUUACCUGUAGGGAAUUGGCCAGACAAAAUGCUCAUGUGUUUGUAUUAAGUCGUACCGUGGAGAAAGGUCAGGAAGCCGUUGAAAACAUCAAAUCUGAAACUGGUAAUCAGAAUGUUGAAUUUCUAAAAUUGGAUUUAAAAAGCUUAAAUUCUGUUAAAGAAUGUGCCGAAAAUUUCUUGGAUAGAAAUUUACCAUUGCACAUUCUAAUUAACAAUGCAGGAACCACGGCAGCUAAAUUUUCACUUACUGAGGAAGGAAUUCAAGAGGAAUUUGGUGUAAAUUAUGUCGGACAUUUUUUAUUAUUGGAAAAAAUUAAAGCUUCACAACCAGCACGUAUAGUAAAUCUUAGUAGUCACGGUCAUAAAUUUGUUAAGGGUGAAAAUUUCUUCGAGAAAUUAAAUGAUCCUGCUCAACACUCAAUGUCACGUAUGGUUAAUUCCGGCACGUUAAAGAGAAACGAUUUUUCUGUACCAGACACGUUCUUUAUUCAUUCAAUCUCAACUGAAGAUGGUGCUAUUACUACCUUAUAUUGUGCUACAAGUCCAGAAAUCGAAGAGAACAAUUACCGUGCAAAGUAUUUUGAACCAUUUGGUAAUGAAAGUGAACCGUCCAAAUGUGCUCAAGAUGAGGAUUUAGCUAAAAGACUUUGGGAAUACACCGAGAAUUUGAUAGACGAAAAAUUCCCACAAAAAUAA